CUUUUGGUUGUUGGAUGAAUCUCGGCACAUCCCAAGUAGCUGUAAAACAUCAAGAUGGUGGCCACUAAGAAGACGAAAAAGGCUGUUGACAACAUCAACUCGCGCUUGCAAUUGGUCAUGCGCUCCGGUAAGGUCGCCCUCGGGUACAAGGAAACCUUGAAGAACUUGCGCAACGGCAAGGCCAAGUUGGUCAUCUUGUCGUCGAACACCCCUCCUCUCCGCAAGUCCGAAAUCGAAUACUACUCCAUGUUGGCCAAGACCGGUGUGCACCACUUUGCUGGCAACAACAACGACCUUGGUACGGCGUGCGGCAAGUACUUCCGCGUGUCGUCGUUGGUCGUCUUGGACGCCGGUGACUCGGACAUCCUUCGCUCUUCCGAAUAAAUAUAUAGAUUAUUGCUACGUAAUCUAUAUAUGGGACAACCAUUUUUGGGGCUGCCACAAUUUGUUUUGUGUUUUCAUUCGGCCAUGACGUGGAACACCACCUUAGCAGUAGCGACAGGAGUGAGUGGAAUGUCAUCUAACGGUACGACCUGGAGCGUAUGGGUGCCAGGAUGCAGCCCAACGAGCACACCACGGCACUGUACUUGGUCCUUUGAUGUCAGGUAAGACGAGGGUUGGGCUGGCAGCGUUUUGACUUUGAUUCCGUCCAACAAGACGGCCAUGCCCAGUCGAGGGAGUGCGGCGGUGUCCACUUCAAACGCAAUGGUCGAGUUCGCCGGAAACGAUGUGCCGUUGAGCGGAGCUCGAAUGACAUUGCACGAAUCGGCGUGGACGUUGCAGGUGUUCAAUGUGGUUAUUGACCGGCGCAACUCUUUGGCCAAUGACAGCUUGACAAUGCGCGAGCCAGGGGGCACGAAGUGGAACUGCCGCUCCACGUGCACGACAUCUUCCCUGCCUCCGGGCAAUGGGACCACCAACGUUAUCGUGACAACGUGAUCGCCGUUCGUUAGGGCUUGGAGCCUGUCGGUGGUGAAUGGAGUUGGGUUGCCUCGAUGGAGGAUGGCCAAGUCCGUGAUGAGCAAGACACCGUCGACGUGGAUCGUGUACUGCAUGAUCUGGCUCGUAUUGGUCGUGUUGGAAGGUGCGUGCAGCUCGAACUCAAUGACGUUCUUAGACGUGACUUGCCCUUCGAAAGGAUGCACGAUGUUCACACUGCAGUUGGAUGACAGAUUCUGCAUGGGAAGAGCGAACUCGACUUCCCAAGGAACUGUCGUAGGAGGGCACAGGUAUGCGUACGCACAGGCUCCUAGGUAGAGUAUCAAUGCCAUCAUGACAACGUGCACGAAAAUUGGAUUCUCCGUCGGUGAAGGUUGAUAUGCGUUGGACUCGGAGGAUGCAGCAGCUGCUGGCUUGAACAUCUUCUCACACAUGGAAGAGGACUUGGUGGAAGUGCUGGAGGAAGGUUCAACGCUGAGCAGUUCGACUUCCUCGAGGAAUUCCAGCGGAGGAAGGUCGGGCGGAAUCGCACACGUUGUCAUGUUCUUUGGUUGAUGUGGAUGUCAAAAAUCG